AAGAGGUUGGGCACACGAAGACAAUGCGUCGGGUCACCCUUGGGUCGCCGUAUGGGGCUGCUGCCUUGGCAGCUGAGAGCUUUUGUCGCCAUCCUUAAUAAGUAACAUAACCAUCCUUCCAUGACCAGUGACUACCACAAUGCGACAUCACAGUGACAUGGCGGUUUACGUUUUACUAUUAGCUUGCAUAUGCAUAGCUGCACCAAGCAGUACAGCUGCAUUGUCGCAUGAAUCAUUACUUGAAGAGGCACAAAGUCCAGAGUUCACAGCUAGCUUGCUGAAAUGGCGUCGCGACCUGCACACCAUGCCGGAGCUGUCGUUCGAGGAAACAAAGACAUCGCAAUACAUCCGACAGCAGCUAGACGACAUGGGCAUUCCAUACGAGUACCCAGUCGGCGUGACGGGCAUCCGAGCCGGCCCCAUAGGGCGCUCCUGCUCUUCUGCCGCUGCCGACGCUCCCGCCAUGUUCGCUCUUCGCGCCGACAUGGAUGGGUUGCCCAUGGACGAGGAGGUUGACGUGCCGUACAAGAGCGGCCACCCGGGCCGCAUGCACGCAUGCGGCCAUGAUGCGCACAUGGCAAUGCUGCUUGGGGCGGCAAGGCUGCUCCAGUCCCGAGCCGCCUCGCUGCCCGGCUGCGUGCAGCUGCUGUUCCAGCCCGCGGAG